UAAAACAUAGAAAUUGGGUUCUGCCCAGUAGCUCUCUUCUUCCUGUCUUCCUGAUAUUCAAUUUACAGUAAAGCGAGGAAAAGAGAGAGUUUUCAAAAUCAAGAUCGUUAGCUGAAAGAGAAGAGAUGGGCGGAGAUGAGAAAAGGCAGCAAAUGCUUCACAAUUUAUUUGGUGAUGAUCAAUCAGAAGAAGAAGAAGAAGUAGAUUCAGAACACCAUCUUCAACGUGAAUAUAUCUCUGAUGAAGGGGAAGGUGAGAUAGAACCUGAAGGAGAAGGUGAAGUUGAUAUAGAGGGGCAAGGGGAAGUAGAGGUGGAGACUGAAGGUGAGCAACAUGAUAUAGAUCCUGAUCCUGAUCGAGGGGAGAGUGAGGGUGAACGAGUUCAAAGUUCACCAGAAAGAGCUCAAAGUUCACAAGAAAGGGCCCAAAGUUCACCAGAAAGAGAAAUUAGUGAUCGAAGGGGAGUGGAUAGUGAAGGAAAAGAAGUUGAGACUGAUGAUGAUGAAGAAGAAUAUGGACAAAGAGUAGUAACGAGCCGGAGGCGUGAAGUAGUUGAUAGUGAAUCUGAAGAACACCAGUAUGAUAAUGAAGAAGAGGAAGUCGAUCAGUCUAGAGGACAAAGGUCACCCAGUGAUGGGAAGGAGCAGACCAAUAAUUCCCACUCUGUGCCUGAUGAAUUGCGCGAUGCAUUUGGUGAUUCUGAAGAGGACGAAGCAGAAGAAUAUGCAACUCAGAAUGACCUCGAUCCAGAGUCACAUAGAUCCCCUGGGGAGGAGGAAGGAAGCUAUGGAAAGGACAUUAGACCAGAGGAUAUGGUGCCUGACGAAGAUGCUCAGGAUGAAUCAGAAGAGGAAAACUAUGAGCAAAAAGUGAGGGAGAAGCCUGUUGGCCCCCCGCUGGAAUUAGAGAUUCCUAUGAUUCGACCCCCCGCUCAUCCAGACAAGAUGAACAUCAUCAGAGUUUCAAACAUCAUGGGCAUUGAACCAAAACCAUUUGAUCCUAAGACAUACGCGGAAGAGGAUAUGUUUGUGACAGAUGAGUCUGGGGCUAAGAAGCGCUUGCGCUUGGACAGUAAUAUAGUUCGUUGGAGGAAAGUUCGGAACCCAGAUGGCACCGUGUCUGUCGAAAGCAAUGCACGCUUUGUUAGAUGGUCAGAUGGAAGUAUACAGUUGUUAAUUGGGAAUGAAGUUCUUGACAUAUCCACACAAGAAGUGCAGCAUGAUCAAGCACACCUUUUCCUCCGUCAUGGAAAGGGAAUUCUCCAAUCACAAGGAAGACUCUUAAAGAAGAUGAAGUUUAUGCCUUCAUCCCUGUCUUCAAAUUCCCAUCGGCAAUUGACUGCUCUUGUUGAAUCACGCCAUAAAAAAGUAUACAAGGUUAAGAAUUGCAUAACAGAUAUUGACCCAGAAAGGGAGAAGGAAGAGAAAGAAAGGGCUGAAGGCCAGUCAAUUCGAGCUCAGGAACUUCUUCAUCGGAAGAGGGAAAAAGUGAAUCGGAAGUAUACACAAACUGUAGACAGGGGGCGUCAGCUUUCACCAGGAUUCUUGGAAGAAGCCCUUGAUGAGGAUGACGAAGAUUAUUACGACUCACGCCGUUCAGCUUCUCGCAAUCGCUUUGAAGAAGAUCUGGAAGUGGAAGCACAGGCUGAGAAGCGCAUCAUGAAUGCGAAGAGGUCACAUGUACGCAAAGAAAUUCCUCAGAAAUCAUCCUUGUCUCGACAAUCUCGACGCCCAGUAGAUUUUUCUGAUAGUGAAAGAGAGGCGUCCGAAUAUGAAAGUGACGGUUAUGAAGAGGAGGCAUCUCCUCCGCGUAAGAGGGCACAUCAAGAGCAUGAAGAUUAUGAAGAUGAUGAAGAGGAGCCUGAAGCUAAAGAAACCUCAGAAGAAGAAGAUGAGGAGCCGAGACGAAGGGGAAAAGAAUCUAGGAGCGGUACCAAGCGUAGGGGGGUCGAGUCAGAUGAGGAAUCUCCACCCAAGAAGGCUGCAACUCACCGUCGAAUGGCAGUUGUUUUCGAUAGUGACGAUGAAUGAAAUUAGUCUGACAAACUCAAAACCAGUGAGUAAAUCUGUCCUAAUGAGAAGCGCUGCCUGUUUUCGUUCUUUGUAUACCAGCUCGAUAGAUACACAUAUACAGAAAACAGGUCUAUAAGCCAAGUUACACGCAUGUGCAAACACUUGGAGAUUCAUAAGAGAUCUGUUUGUGUAUCUAGGCAGUAAUUUCAGUUAGUUUUUAUGCAAUUACUGUGAAGAUCUUAAAACUAAUAAUGAGUUCUUUUUACAAGUUUGAAGUUGAGUUUCUUGCA